AUGAGGGCUAUAAGCUGGAACUGUCGGAGGCUUGGAAACCCCGAGACAGUUCGUGACCUUUGCCACAUGGUAAAGGAAAAGAAACCUCUUUUGGUUUUCCUCAUGGAGACCAAAAUGAAUGCAAAGAAAAUGGAGUUUGUAAGGAUAAAACUGAAGUUUGAUAAUAUGUUUGCUGUCGACAGUGUGGGAAGAAGUGGUGGUUUGGCGCUAUUAUGGAUGGACAAACUCCAGUUAAGUAUACAAAAUUUCAGCCGUCGUCACAUAAACGGCAUCAUAAGGAGGAGAACGGACAACGGAGAAUGGAAAUUAACUGGAUUUUAUGGCCACCCGGACCCCUCAAAACGCCGGGAGUCCUGGGGAUUACUGCGACAUUUGGCUACUUUAUCACCCAAACCAUGGAUGUGUAUGUGUGAUUUCAAUGAGAUAGUUGGUCAAGGCGAAAAAUGGGGAGGGGUGAACAAAUCCAGCAAGUUGAUGGCAGAUUUCAGAGAAGCAUUAGAAGCUUGCAACCUUAGUGACCUGGGGGCUUUAGGACCAAAAUUUUCGUGGCAUAAUGGAAGGCAGGGAAAUGAAUUCACAAAGGAACGGCUCGAUAGGGCAGUAGUAAAUCUGCAAUGGUGUGAUUGGUUCCCAUCGGCAGAGGUAGCAGUGCUGGCCAGCAGAGCAUCGGAUCACAACCCUUUACUAAUCAAUCUCCAAGCUCGGGAAAGAGGCUCGAAUUUAAACCGACACCAGUUCCGUUAUGAAGCCCGAUGGUCCAAGAUGGCGGGGAUGAAAGAAAUCAUUAAAAAAGCUUGGAGGGUGAAGCAGCUUGGGAAGGACCCGGGCAUUUCUAUGGGGGAAAAUAUGAAGAGGUGCAGGGGAGUUAUUCGAAGAUGGGUCCAAAAGCAGAAUCAUGACACAGAAGAUUUAAACAUCCUCUUGGAGCAAGAGGACCUGAAGUGGGGCCAAAAACCAAAAGUGGAUUGGUUACGAAAUGGGGACAGGAACACCAAAUACUUCCAUGCAUGCGCUAGCCAACGAAAGCGCAGAAAUCAGAUCGAGCAAAUUCAUGACAGCAAUGGAAGGUUGUGCACUCAAGCAAUGGAGAUAGAAGGGGCGUUUGUGAAUUAUUUCCAAACUAUUCUAACGUCCAGUAAUCCAACAGGCAUAGAAGAAUGUACAGCGGGUAUGGGAAGCAAGGUAACCAGGGAGAUGAACAGUCAGCUUUUGGCACCUUUUAUGAAUAUGGAGGUUAAAAUGGCAUUGGAUCAAAUGGACCCAAUGAAGGCGCCGGGACCAGACGGAUUUACAGCUAAAUUCUACCAACAAAAUUGGGAAACGGUGAAGGAGGAGAGUGCAUUCAUACCAGGUAGACUCAUCUCAGAUAAUAUUCUUGUUGCCUAUGAAACCUUACAUACCAUGCACUCUCGCAUGUGGAGUAAGGUAGGGUAUAUGGAAAUCAAGCUGGAUAUGAGUAAGGCGUAUGACCGGGUAGAGUGGAGAUUUUUGGAAACAGUUAUGGGGAAGCUAGGAUUUGACAAAAAAUGGAUAUCACUUAUUAUGGAAUGUGUGUCAACAGUGUCGUAUGCAGUAGUGGUGAAUGGGAAUCCGGUGGGGCACAUAAUUCCUUCUCGUGGUAUCAGACAAGGAGAUCCACUAUCACCCUAUCUAUUUCUAUUAUGUGCAGAAGCUCUCAGUUCUAUGCUAAAUAAACCUGAAAGCAAGGGGGUUAUUACGGGAGUUCCCACAUCAAAGAAUGGGCCGCGAAUCAACCACCUCUUCUUUGCAGACGACAGCUUGCUUUUCUGCAAAGCAAAUUUGGUGGAAUGGCGAAGACUUACCUGA